AUGAUUGAAUAUCUUCUGACUGUGAUUCCUAUUGCUGUAGCAACUCUACUUUGUGGUUACAUUGUUGCUUUGCGGUUAAUUCCAUAUCAACGACAAAGAGUAGCUGUUCUUGUGUUGGGCGAUCUGGGACACUCUCCUCGCAUGCAGAACCAUGUUCUUUCGUUAGUUCAGAAUGGGUUUGAGGUGGACUUUAUCGGAUACAAAAACUCACAAUUAAGACAGGAUAUCAGCAAGGCAGCCAAUUUGAUAUGUAUUCCUUCUCCUGCCAAGAUUCGCACAUUGAAUAAGCGACUAUUUAUUUUGCUGGGUUUGUGGAGGUCCAUCUCUCAAACACUGCGACUAUUUUGGAUUCUAAUAUAUGCUAUUCGGAAACCAGAAUAUCUGUUGAUUCAAAAUCCGCCUGCUAUCCCAACUUUGCUGGUUGCUCGACUUGUCACCAUUCUUUUGGGAAACAAAUUGAUUAUUGAUUGGCACAAUUUUGGAUACUCUCUCAUGUCUGACCAAUUUGCCAAGAAUAAACUCUUGUUUCUCUUUCUUACAAAAUACGAGCAGUGGUGCGGAUCUGGUGCAUUUUUGCAUUUGUGCGUGACGGAAGCAAUGGCUAAAGAGCUACAGUUUUCAUGGCAGAUUCGAGGCAAGGUGGUUGUACUCUACGACAAGCCCGCAGCACAUUUUAAGCAAAUAUCCCCAAUAGAGCAGCAUAAUCUAUUUAGUCGCCUAGACAUGUCUUCUCAAACUAUACAGUACAAGAAUCCUAACUCGAACGAAUCAGAACUCAUUUUCACAAAGUCGACUGCUAAAGGAUUGGCUGAAUUAAAACCCGAUCGUCCUGCUCUGAUUGUUAGUUGUACGUCCUGGACACCAGAUGAAGAUUUUGGUAUUCUAUUUCGCGCACUAUCACUUUACGACUUCACUGUGCCACUGUCUAAAUUGAUUGUUAUUAUCACCGGGAAAGGACCACUACGGAGCAGUUUUGAACAGCUCGCGACUGACUUGAAGCUGCAACAUGUAUCCAUCAAGUUUGCCUGGCUAGAACCUCAAGAUUACCCAAUACUUGUUGCUGCCGCGGAUUUGGGCAUCUCACUCCAUACAUCGUCAUCGGGCUUAGAUCUUCCCAUGAAAAUUAUAGACAUGUUUGGUUGCGGUACUCCAGUGUGCACCUAUUACUACCCAACCAUCUGUGAACUAGUUCAAAACAAUCAAAAUGGCGUAUACUUUCAGGACGAAACGGAGCUUUUUAAAAAACUAGUUGACUUAAUUGGCAAUUUUCCAGCACCAAAUGCUUCUAUUUCUACCUUGAUACAGGGUGUAGGUGAAUUCAAGUCAACAUGGGAGAACCAUUGGCGCGAGCGUGUACUUCCUUUAAUUCAAUAA